AUGGCAACCUCCCCACUCUCGCUGGAUAGGAGUGCUGGCAGCGCAGAGAACUUGGAGAAGGUCAGAUCAUUGGCUCCCAAGACUUUUGUCUCGGAGGAUUCUUCCGCAAGAUCUGAAAGAGAGAAGGUGGAAGAAUUUGCGCUUCGCCGCUCGAUCGAGAAGCUUCGCGUCUUCUAUGCGGUGCUGCAGAUUGCCAUGACUUGUCUAAAAGUUGGCGUUUUGCUGACUUUCUUGACGGAGAUCCUUUGGCGCCUGAUCCCAGGACCAGUGGCCGAAGGUGUCAUCUGUAUCAUUGGCUCCUUGGCAUGGCUUCUGACGUCAGCCACUGUCGUUUUCACCUCACUUUGUCCCCAAGACGAGUUGGACAUCGACAUCUUUGUGGCCGCCAGGCCUGGUCUAACCAUAAGAUUUGCCUUGUUGCCUCUGACCACAGGAGGUAUGAGAGCCUUAGAAUUUCCUUUCCCACGUUGGAUCUCCAUUGCCGUGGGUCUAGCCUGGCUUUUUCAAGGCUGCACAAGCUGCCGGUGCUGCAGCGCCUCCGUUCCCCAAAGCGUGCGUCGCUGUCUUGGAGAGUUGUCGUUUGUGACCAUCUUUGAGCUCUGGUACAUGGAUGUGGUUGUUGCAGGUGCAGUCAAUGAAGCUGCGUUGGAUGAGCCUGGGAUUUGGACCUCCGUAUGGUUGGUCUUCCAUGCGGCUGUCGUUGUCAUCCUCCAUUUGCUGCUGCGGCGCAGGCUCAGGAACACCAUGCGCUUCUACGUUGCUAGCUAUUUGACUCUGAGCUGGAUCACCUCUUACUUUGCGUGCCGUGCAAUCGAUCUAAGCCUGGGGCACAAAGAGUGGGAGGAAGGGCGAUCAGAGGACAUUGCUAUCAUGGCAGCCAUCGGCUAUGCUGCUCUGAUCUUCAGCCCCAUGCUUGUCGCCAUGUUGAUUGGGCAGCAGCGACUCUUCCACCGGCUCGCUGUCUGGCUUGACCACUCCCGCGGUCGUCGACUGCAAGAUGGGGCCUUCAUGGCCAUGCUGCUCGACCAAUACGUGGUGGAGUUGGGGCAACUUUGGUGGCUAACCAACCAAGAGAUUCAAGAGGCGGCGGCCGCGCAUCCGGAGCAGGUCCAAAAAAAGGCAAGAGCGGCCUCAGGACCCCCUGAUCACGAGCCACGUCCAGGCUUCAUGGUGGGUGUCGUUGUCGCUGCAGCCGAAGAUUCACCGAGCUUCUCUGUAGAGUACCAGCUGGAUGAGCACACAGUUCAAGUUGUCCAGGUGAACCGUGGCCAUGAGUUUUUGCCGUGGCCUGCCCUGCUCCAGAUGGGUCGAAAGAAUCUUCGAUGUGUGGAUUGGGCAGCCCUGAGCCCAGCAGUUUUGAAGGGAUCAGGUGGGGGCAACAUGAGUGACUUCGCCCUGUCGCGGUCUGUAAGGCGUGGUGAGAUCAUUGACUUUUUCGUUUCCCACUCUUGGUCAGACAGCCCAGCUCGAAAAUGGAAAGCUUUUCAGCUUGUGGCAGAGGACUUCUACGAGAAGAAUGGUCGAUAUCCCACCUUUUGGAUUGACAAGUUUUGCAUUAACCAAAAGCAAAUCGCUGAUGGCUUGCGGGUUCUCCCGGUGAAUGUCAUGUCGUGUCGGAAGAUGCUGUGCCUUAGCGGGAAAACUUAUCAUGCCCGGCUUUGGUGCGCUUGGGAGCUCUGUGUCCUGCUGUCAUUUAUGUCAAUGCAGAUGGCAUUGAAGCAGAUCGUUGUCGUUCCGCUUGUGGAAUCUGCGUUGGUUGCUCUCACCGCUUUUGAUUCGUCAAAAGCUCGCUGUUACGAUCCGAAUGAGGAACACCGUCUGCGCCGAGUGAUUGAAGCAAUUGGACAGCAGCGCUUUGAGAUCAAGAUCCGAGCUUUGGGGCAGUUGCUGCUCGACCGUCAUGUGAACGGUGACAGCCUAUUCAUGCCAACCGGCAGUGGCCUUGAGUUGGAGCCCGAGAGUGAGGUGGAAACCAGGCAAUCUGGGACAGAUGGCCUUACAGGUUCUACACGUCCUACAGGUCCUGAACGUCCUACCCCACCGACAGUAGAGGUGGACGAUGAGCCAAUGAUUGAAGUGCCGUUCUGA